GCUUUCACCAUCAUCAUCAUCAUCAUCUCCUCCUCAACCUGCAUUGGAGGAGUUCCAUCAACCCGCAUACACGUCACUCACACUGAAUCAUCUCUCUUCAAUUUUCUUCAACUUUUACUAUUUUGUUUUGCCCCUUUCCCCGUCAGCCUUUUAUAUAGCAUCUUCACAGUUUCAAAGAUUCUGCUGCGGGGCGUCGUCCUUUUUUUCUUUUUUUGGUUUCUGUUGAUCAUGGAUGGAACAAUCCAAGAUGGUAGUAGUGUGGAUUCAUUCCUGCGGAACUACAAGCUUGGAAAGACUCUUGGGAUUGGUUCAUUCGGGAAAGUUAAAAUUGCUGAGCAUGCGUUGACAGGGCACAAAGUUGCUGUUAAGAUCCUCAACCGUAAGAAAAUAAAGAAUAUGGAUAUGGAAGAGAAAGUUAGAAGAGAGAUCAAAAUUUUGAGAUUGUUUAUGCAUCCUCACAUCAUACGUCUGUAUGAGGUUGUGGAGACCCAUUCUGACAUAUACGUUGUGAUGGAAUAUGUGAAGUCCGGUGAGUUGUUUGAUUAUAUAGUGGAGAAGGGUAGGUUACAUGAGGAGGAAGCACGCAUGUUUUUUCAACAGAUAAUAUCUGGAGUGGAGUAUUGCCAUAGAAACAUGGUGGUUCACAGAGAUCUCAAGCCCGAGAACUUGCUUUUGGAUUCUAAGCACAAUGUCAAGAUUGCUGAUUUUGGUCUGAGUAAUAUCAUGCGUGACGGUCAUUUUCUGAAGACAAGUUGUGGAAGCCCCAACUAUGCUGCUCCAGAGGUUAUAUCUGGUAAAUUGUAUGCGGGGCCUGAAGUGGAUGUAUGGAGCUGUGGUGUGAUUCUCUAUGCACUUCUCUGUGGCACCCUUCCCUUUGAUGAUGAAAAUAUUCCCAACCUGUUUAAAAAAAUAAAGGGUGGAAUAUACACACUGCCCAGUCAUUUAUCUGCUGGAGCAAGAGAUCUGAUUCCCAGGAUGCUUAUAGUUGAUCCUAUGAAACGAAUGACUAUUCCUGAGAUUCGUGCACACCCCUGGUUCCAAGCUCACCUGCCCCGGUAUUUGGCUGUGCCGCCACCAGAUACAACGCAGCAAGCUAAAAAGAUUGAUGAAGAUAUUCUUCAGGAAGUGAUUAAGAUGGGAUUUGACAGGACUGCCCUUGUUGAUUCUCUUAGAAACAGGGUUCAAAAUGAGGGUACUGUUACUUACUAUCUGCUGCUUGACAAUCGAUUUCGUGUUUCCAAUGGCUACCUAGGAGCUGAAUUUCAGGAGACGAUGGAAUUUGGGUAUAAUCGCAAUAUGAGUGAGACCGUAGCAUCUCCUGUUGGGCAGCGGUUUCCUGGAGUCAUUGACUAUCAGCAAUUUGGAGGAAGGCAGUUUCCAGCAGAUAGGAAAUGGGCACUUGGACUCCAGUCUCGAGCCCAUCCUCGUGAGAUAAUGACCGAAGUUCUCAAAGCUCUGCAAGAAUUGAAUGUUUCCUGGAAAAAGAUUGGGCAGUACAACAUGAAAUGCAGAUGGGCUCCUUGCAGUCCUAGUCACCAUGAAGGAAUGCUUAACAACUCCAUGCAUGAUAAUAAUUAUUUUGGAGAUGAAUCCGCCAUCAUCGAGAAUGAUGGUAAUGUGAGGCCCCAAAAUGUGGUGAAGUUUGAAGUGCAGCUUUACAAAACUCGUGAAGACAAAUAUUUGCUCGAUCUGCAGCGUGUUCAGGGGCCGCAGUUCCUGUUUCUUGAUCUUUGUGCCGCAUUCCUUGCUCAGCUUCGCGUUCUCUGAUCUGGACUUCUAUGCCAAACUAGUUUUAAUGUGCGUGGAAAGUUAGGAGUUGAUGCUGUAUAUAAUUAUUAUUGUUAGCUAAGAUCUAAGUCUCCCUUCUUAGAGAUGAAUGCCGCUGAUAAUUUUGUCGACUCACUCUGAGUUGGCCUUUGCGACAUGUUCUCACUUCUCUUCCGUAACUGUAACUUUUCUUCUGCUCUUGUAAGAUAUUGAGGAACUUCAUCAAACCCUUAUAUCUGAUGGUUAAUAUGAGCCAGCUGCAGUUUGCUAGAUGCAGCAAGUCAUUAAUCAAAGAUAUUAUCUUAUGUCUUGCUGCUAAUCUAGAUCUUGCAGUGCGUGGUAGAAUUUGUUGUGUUUCUUGUU